UUGGCAAAGCAUUCUGGUAGUUGUAGUAAAUGACGACAAUGCAAAUCGGCUAUUGCCUCCUUUUAAGCACUAUAACUUUCUUUCAUUUCUAUAUCAUAUGUAGAUUAUGAAAGAGAAUGAGAUGAUUGCUUAUAUUUUGUUUAACUUGUUAUAGUUAUUUUGAAAUUUUGCUAUUGGCAUGUCGACUAUGACGUGAACAUAAGCGCGGAAUAAGCAGGAACAUUCAUUUAUUUAUUUUUUAUCUAUUUUAUUUUUCCGUUUUUGAGUAGCGUGGGCUGAAGAGAUUAUUAUGCACAUGAAUAAAUGAUUAAGAAUGAAUGAAAUGUACUGACCGAGCUCAAUGCAAAUUAAUCAAAUCUUUURUUUCUGUUCAGUCAUUAUCGUCUCAUUUGCAUUGAAUCAGCACUGGUAAAACUCGGUGUUUGAAUGAUGAUUCGUUUCAUUUUCGUUCAUUCGUUCUCAACAUCUGUUUUUUCAAUUCUUGUUUUUGGAAUAAAKACUGUGUUACGUAAAUAUAUAGUGAAGCUCAGUAGGCCAUAACAACAAGGAAUCAUAAAGUCUUUCAAAACCAAUGAUGUAGAACAAAAGUUUUUUGAAUAGUUUAUAAAAAUGAAUUAAUUCACCAAACACACGAACUGAACAAUAUUCACAACAACAAAGAGCUCAACAAAGAAUUUCACGAAAAACCUGGACCAGGGUCUGACCUGGACAUUCACUACACAUUCAGUAUUAGUUUUGCAACCAGACAUCUGUAUUCAACAUGGUUGGCAAAGGCCACAGUUUAUUUCUGGCGACCAUUUUAUCCUUGAUCUCCAUAGAGAAAGGAACAGCUGCAUCUCUAGACACUUUAUUCGGAACAACUGAUACCGAUGAUAAAAGGCUAUUGUAUAUUGCCAUUGCAUUAUUUGUAGUAAGUGCAAUAUUCCUGAUCCUAACGAUUAUUGGUAGCUUUUGUAUUUACAAGAUGAUCAAGGCAAAAAAUCAGCCAAAGAUCAGACAUUUGAAGAACUUGGACAGCAUAAUCUACGACGCCCAUAAUAUGGUGCCACUCCCRCGAGCCAACACUUAUAGUAAAUUCAAUGAAGGAUACAACAACAACUACGAUUCACCUUCCUCGACAACCUUUAAAGGAUAAACUACUACAAGCUAAGAUAUCAUUGAAAACAAUACUCAACGCAUUUCCUUGAGAUGUUUAUUACUACUUGGAUUUGCUAAAUAUUAAUUUCGGAAUAUAUUUUGGCUAUACUCCAGUUUCGAGAUCUUAUUUGUGCAGCCUUAACCUCGAAAGCAUGUAAUAUAUUCUUUUAUUCAGCAGAGAUCCUAUUGUAAUGCAAACACUCKGUCUGCAAAGAAGACAAUAAAACUUUAUGCUUGAUUGAAGCUAAGCUUGCACGUCAAAAGAGAAUUCGAAACUGGAGUAUUGACAGUGCCGCUGCUAUGCAGUACUGGAAUUUGGACAUGGUUUGAAUUUCAGUGAUUCAAUUUAUCUUUACUAGAGUACAACUGUUGUGCACGCGUUAACAUAGGAAGGUUAACGUUCCAUUAGGUUUUUAACGUGUGAAAACCACCCUAAAAUGCUKUAAUUUUUCUCAUUCGGAUUGAUUUUGUCGUCUUCUGAUUCAUCGUUGGUGGUGGUUGCGCUCACCCUUAYACGAUCAGACCGAAAGGGAGUAUGGGUAAAUUGAUAUGGMCYAAGUGGCCUAAGAUCCUUUUCUGUCUUUUURCUUGGGGUUAAGACCGAUCAGCGCGGAAYGUUUUACCAACUUGAUGAGUGCAGCAUUCUAGCUUACGUAUUAUAUAUUUUAACUAAUAAUGUUAUYUUAUAUCCUCAGAUCCAUUUUAGACUUUUUAUAUAUUAAUUGACAAAGUAUAAACACAAUUUUACUAAGUUUUUAUUGUGAUACGAAAAAAUCUCUUACUUUAAUAGUAAGGGGGGACUGCUCUUGCUUAGUUAUCUUUACAUAGUAAAGACGAAAAUCACGAUUCUACCUAGGAACUAUCUUACAAAUAUUGAUUACAAGUCAUAUGAUUAUAAUGUUUUUAAGGUCUACGAUAUUGUACACUAUUGUAACGAGUGAAUAUUGAUUAAAGCAAGAAAUACUUGAA